AUGCCGGAAGCUAAAGAUGGGCAUGGAACUACAUUGAUUGUGGAUGUUACCCCUGCCGGCACUGUUCCGCCGCUGGACCUAACGCCGGGUGUCCACGUUAUACGCUACACCGCUAUAGACUACCUUGGCAGGACAGCUGAGUGCAGCUUCACUGUGACUGUUGAAGACACCGAGGCGCCCGUUGCAGCAUACUGCCCACCAUCAGCAACCAUCUACGACGCAGACGGGACGCUGACGUACAGCAGACCCAGCUGGCAGGAUAACGUAGCUGUGGUGUCCGAGACGUGUGAUCCCGAACCCUACACCAACCAUGCCUUUGGUUACAAACAAGUGACGUGUAAAGCAAACGAUGCUGCAGGGAAUGAAGGAGAGUGUGCGUUUACAAUCAACAUUCAAGGAAAUCCAUGCCUUCCCCUUGAACCUCCUGACCUAGGAUCCGUGUCCUGCGAUAACUUCCUGUCAGGCACCACGUGCUCGCUGUUUUGUCAGGAUGGGUAUUCGUUCGCCACGCCACCAAAUGAUGUCUACAUUUGCCUAAAUGGAGGAAUCUGGGCUCCACCACCGCCUAGAAAUAUGAGAUGUUCCAGCGUGUCUCACAGGAGAGAAAUUCGAACACACGGGCAGCUGACGUUUUAUCACUUCAGUGGAGAUUGUGAAUCGAUGGACACCCAAAACGAAAUUAAGCAACAAUUCGUGGUCAACUUGAUGAAUUCAGUUGUUGGGGCGAGUGUUUGCUCUUCUGGCUCCUGUACCAUCGAUAACGUCAACGUCAUCUGCGGUCAAGAGAGGCGCAAACGACAGUUGGAAGAUGAGGGUGAAAGAUUCGCACGAGGCAUAUUUGACAGUGGCUUCAAUGUUGAAUUUACCAUCAUUGUGAGCUUGAACCAAACAAAUGCCACACAAGAUGACUUUGAUCCCAUUUCCACGCUGACCGAAAGCAUGCACACAUUAUCAAAUUUUGUUCAGGACAUGGUAGAGUCGGGUAACUUCACCCUCCGUGUUUGGUGGGACGUUCUACAGGCGGAUUCCCUACAGGUGGGACCCGCGGAGACAACCUGCGAGGAUGGCUACGUCAGACGGGGGAACAACACUUGCGUUGCCUGCCCUGUGGGAUCGCUGUUCAACACCACUUCAAAGCAAUGCCAGGAGUGUGAAGAAGGGACCUACCAGGACAGGGAGGCCCAGAUGGAAUGCCUCCCGUGCCCUAACAAGCAGACAACCUUUGGGACAGGCGCACACAACGUCGCAAUGUGUCUGGGUACGUUGAAUGAAUGA